AUGGUUAAGAGUUCGGUAUUAGGCGUAAUAAUAAUCUUAGUUCUUACACUUCAUUUUCUUCCCGUAGUUAGAGCUAAAAAUUAUUCUACCAUUACACAUAAUAACAUUUACAAAGUGACUGAAAAUAGGAAAUUAGUGGGAGCAGAGAGGAAAUUUGUGAGUUUUAUGAGGGAGUAUGGGAAGGAGUAUAGUACCCGGGAAGAGUAUGUCAAAAGGUUGGCGAUAUUUGCAAGGAAUCUGGUCCGGGCCGCGGAGCAUCAGGCGAUGGACUCCACGGCGAUUCAUGGGGUUACGCCGUUUAUGGAUUUGUCUCCGAAGGAGUUCGAGAUGAUGUUCAUGGGUCUAAGACCCGAUUUGGGUGGUGGUGGAGGUGGUGAUGGAUUGGUGAAUGGUGAGAAGUUGGGUCCCCAUGAGGCUCCUAGGUUGGAUGUUCGUGGGUUGCCUAGCAGUUUUGAUUGGAGGGAGAAAGGGGCUGUCACUGAUGUUAAGACCCAGGGAAUAUGUGGAUCGUGUUGGGCUUUUAGCACCACCGGAGCUAUUGAAGGGGCUAAUUUUAUUGCGACGGGCAAACUUUUAAAUCUCAGUGAACAACAGCUUAUUGAUUGUGAUCACAAGUGUGAUGCAAAGAAGAAAACAGAAUGCGACAACGGUUGCCAUGGUGGUCUUAUGACCAAUGCAUAUAACUAUCUAAUGGAAGCAGGAGGAUUGGAAGAGGAAACAUCCUACCCUUACAGUGGCAAACGGGGCAAAUGCAAAUUUGAUCCAAACAAGGUGGCUGUUAAAGUUGCAAAUUUCACCACUAUUCCUGUCGACGAACAACAGAUCGCUGCUUAUCUUGUUCAUCGUGGUCCACUUGCUGUUGGACUUAACGCAGUGUUCAUGCAAACAUACCUUGGUGGAGUAUCAUGUCCAUUAAUAUGCGGUAAACGAUGGGUAAAUCACGGUGUUUUGCUUGUCGGAUAUGGUGAGAAAGGCUACUCAAUUUUGAGAUUUGGUUACAAGCCUUAUUGGAUUAUAAAGAACUCAUGGGGCACCAAAUGGGGAGAGGAUGGCUAUUAUAAGCUCUGCCGAGGUCACGGUAUGUGUGGGAUGAAUACAAUGGUGUCCACUGUGGUCACUCAAGCCUAACAUUAUACCAUUAUUUAGAUACAAUGUAUAAUACUUGCUAGUCAUUCCUUUUAAGUUUUUUUGUUAUCUUCAAUGGUUUUGAUUUCCAUUUCCAGAGUAUGGUUGUAGCUGUUGAAAACUAGUCCUUGUAUAAAUAUGCUGUGCUUUUACUUUUGAUGUGUGUAUGUUUUGAGUUAACCCAAAGAUAUGUUGGGUGU